UUAGGUCUUAAUUUUGCCUGCUCUGUCUGGCUGGUUUAGAAUGUCAUCGUGUCUUUGGGUCCGUCCAGUUUGCCCAUGCUAGAGCCAACGCCGGUUUCGAACCCCCUGAAUGGCGCUCCGUCCAUGAACCAUGGCGGUGUCUCCCUCCUGGACGUCCUAGGAUGGGGUUGCCUGAUCUGGUAUACCUGUGUGGUCGCUGUCUGUGCGUUGGGAUACUGUCAGAUAUGGAAUCAUUUCUCCCGGCGACCACACAAGUCGUAUGCGGCCAGUGCCUCCGACGCGCCCCAUGUCACCGUCAUCCGCCCGGUCAAGGGCCUUGAGCCCUACCUCUACGAGUGCCUGGCGGCCACCUUCCGUCAGGAUUACCCACGCGACAAGAUGACGGUGUGUUUCUGCGUGGCGAGCAAGGAUGAUCCGGCCUACCCGGUGCUGCGACGUCUGGUGGACGAUUUCCCGCACGCGGACGUGCGACUAUACGUCGAGGAGGAGGACCCAUUGCUGCAGGACGACAGCCCGUACACGCUUGGCCCGAACCCCAAGAUCCGAAACAUGAGUCGAGCGUACCGUGAAGCAAAGGGCGACGUUGUCUGGAUCGUCGAUUGCAACAUUUGGGUGGGCCGGGGAGUGUGCGGGCGAAUGGUCGACAAGUUGUGCGGAUACGGACCAGCAGGCAACAAACCCCAUAAGAAGUACAAGUUUGUACACCAUCUGCCGAUCGCGGUGGAUGUGAAUGGCCGGGUGACCCUACGAGACGAACAAGAGGCUCUGUUGGGAGGCCACGCCGCCGACAACGAUUCCACCGAUUGGUCAGGGGACCUGCUUGCGGCCGGGGGCGGGCGUCUUGAGGAGCUGUUUCUCUCGUCGUCGCAUGCGAAGAUGUACACGGCCAUCAACACCGUGUUGAUUGCUCCCUGCAUUGUGGGCAAGUCCAACAUGUUCCGUCGUUCGCACCUUGACCCUCUCACCGCGCCGGCUGCGUCAGACCCGUCGAACCACCCCCACGGCGUUCCACGCCAUCCGGGCAUCGACUACUUCUCCGACAACAUCUGCGAGGACCAUCUGAUCGGCGACCUGCUAUGGAAGAACCAGAUCCGCGCGGAACAAGAGCAGGGCGAACGAUGGGGCAAGCACGGCCUGGUGUUCGGCGACUUGGCCAUCCAGCCCGUCGCGCAGAUGAGCGUACACGCCUACUGGGCGCGCCGCGUGCGGUGGCAGCGGGUGCGCAAGUUCACCGUCUUUCUCGCCACGCUCGUCGAGCCGGGCACCGAGUCGCUUGUCUGCUCGCUGUACGGCGCGCUGGGUGUGACCACCUCGCUGGCCCGGUUCUUGCAAGGAAAGGGCAUCGAAUCCGCCGCCUAUCUGUCCACCUGGCCCGCCUUUGUCGCCUUCUAUUUCGCCAGUCUCCUGACCUGGAUCUUUGUCGACUGGACCCUGUACCUCAAACUCCAUUCUGCACAGACCGUCGAAGUCGACGAGAACACACCCUUCUUCGCGCGCCCGGUCUGCCGCUCUUCUCCUUGUUCAACCUCCUCCUCCUCCUCUUUCAUGUCCCCGCCGACGGCUCGCCGGCCCUUUCUGCAUUGGCUCGCAGCGUGGCUGGGUAGAGAAGGCCUUGCCCUCCCGGUCUGGGUCUGGGCCUUUUACGGCGGUGUCACAGUCGACUGGCGAGACCGUCGGUUUCGAGUCGGUCUGGACAUGAAGGUCCGUGAAAUCAACUCUUCACCAUAUGGAUCUCGGAAAGUCAGAUGCGAUUGAUUAUCACCUCACUACUUGUACAUAUCUUCGGUUUAAACUUCGGUUUAUCAAACUCUUGUCAUAGAUUUAGAAGAAAUCCAAAAUCGAAUACUUUCUUUUUCUUUUCUUUCUAUACGAAUGGUAAGGGAGGU